GUUGAGUUUGGUAUGACGUUUAGGAGAGCAGAAGCGAGCUAGACAGACGCGAGAGAUGCGUCUACCUGACGACUGGCAUGCUGCGCCUCCCUACCUCUUUGGCUCGACGUGCGCGUUAGCCAGCCACCUUGGCCCCUCAUCCGCGCCGUUGCCGGCAACCGCACCUCUGGGUCUACCGUCGCUCUGCCGUGCCGCGACCACAACCUCGGCCUUUCCACGGUCUACGCGCAAUGCCGAAUGGCUUCAUCAUGGCCUGCGGCUCGACGUGACGCAUCUCUACGUCUAUGGUGAGCGAUGCGUACGGCGAUGCGGAUGGCGAUCAGCGCGCGACGACCUUGGUAGCGGCGCCGGUUGUGUUAGCACUGCCGCGAGCGCGACCACUUACGCAGGGACCUCUGUCGGUGUUGGGAUCGCUCUUCGAAAGCAGAGGCCGUGGCAUGGGCCCUCGCCCGAGAUAAAGAGAGAUUCUUCGACUCUCAAGGCGAUGCUCAGACGGUGGAACGUUCAGACGUUCCGCGAGGUGGUCCCCAUAUUCAGUGCGAGGAAUCAAUGAUCCAUCGAGCAUGAAGAUCGGUCCAUGCACUCGACUGUCCAUCUUUGAUUUCGCCGUCGUCGUCGUCGCCGCCGCCGGAUGUACCGCCUCGAUGCACGGAAGACUGCCCGCUGCUCGCUCGUUCGCUCCACCGACGGAAGCGUGACAACGCCCUGCCCGACGGCCACACGGACAGACUUGCUCGCUCGAUGACGAUGAUGGGCGAGUGCGGUGCUCGAUCGUGAAAUGGA